GAGAUCAGCUGCCGUCAGUCCGACCGAUCAGCUGAUGAUCAAAAUGAAGAUCCUGCUCCUGCUGCUCCUCCUGCUCGCUGCGUGCCCAUGCAGCCGCUCCUCUGCAGCUCACUAUCCAACCGGGAAGAACCGGCCGUGCUGCCUCCACGUCUCCAGGAAGAACCUCAGCCGUCAAGUCGCCGGGUCGGUUUUCCAUAAGCAGCCGGCCCGGUUUCCCUGUGUGAACGCCGUGAUAUUCUACACAAAGAAAGGACCCAUAUGUGUUCAUCCCAACAACUCCUGGGUCCAACAAGUCAUUGCAAAUAUUACGAUGAAGGACUAAAGCGAACAUGUGAACCCACUGCUGGACAUGAAGCUUCAUUUAAAAUAUGAAUCAUCCUCAGACCUGAUGCUUACAGAUGAGCUCUAUUGGUUCUUAUAUUUAUUUUUCUUCUACAUGAAAAAUAAAAUAUUAAUUUGACUAAUAAAAUUGCUGCAUUUGCUUUCAACACUUAAAAUAAUUGUAUUUUUCCACUCGUCUCAUUUUUGUACCUGUUUUAAUGCAUUAUUUCCUGUGAAAUGCUUUAUGAAAUAUAAAUAAAGUUGCUUACAUAUUCACACAAAUUGUG